AUGAGUAGCGACUACUCAUACGACGAGACGGGCCACCUUUGGCCCUUCUUUGUCUUCACGCUGACAACAAUUGUCACUCUUCCCCUCACAUAUGCCCUCGUAAACCGAUCGAGAGACCCCGCAGCCAAGUUCCCGCGGAUUAAGACUGAGUAUAAGCCCAAGCAUGGCGACUUGGUGCAGGCGCAAAAGUCGGCAGACAAACGGAAAAAUCGCACGCUCGGCCUGACCCUGUUUGUGCUGGGCGGAUGGGCCGUCAUGGGCUACAUGCUUUACCUGAUCAGCGUCACCGAAGCCCCUGUUAAUAAGCUCUGGAACCCCUAUGACAUUCUGGGUCUCUCGGAAACUGCAUCUGAAAAGGUCAUCAAGAAGACAUACAAGGAACUGUCGCGACGCCUGCAUCCUGACAAGGUCAAGCCCGACCCCGCCAAAAAUGAGACGAUCGAGUCGCUAAACGAGCAAUACGUCGAGAUCUCCAAGGCCUACCAAGCGCUGACGGACGAGGAUGUCAGAAACAACUACAUCCAAUUUGGUCAUCCCGACGGCAAGCAAGGCUUCAGCAUCAACAUUGCCCUUCCCAAGGUGAUUGUCUCAGACGGAAAUGGAAAAUACGUUGUCCUCGUCUACUUUAUGCUGUUUGGAGUUCUGCUGCCUUAUUGGGUUGGCUCGUGGUGGUAUGGCACCCAGAGGCGCUCCAAGGAAGGCCCGCUGAUGGAGAGCGCAAACCGCCUGUUUAGGGAGUACGAGGAUGACAUUGACGAAGGUGGGGUCAUUUCUGCACUGAGCACUGGCAAAGAGUUUGAGGAUAUUUUCAGGGGUAACAAGGCCGACUCUGGACUGUCCAAGAUUGAAUCCAGAAUAUCGGCACCCGGCGAAGCCUGGCAAUUCGCCGCGGGCAUGUCACUCAAGGAAAAGGAGAAACUCGAAGACCUCGACAACGGCGUGCGGCGAAAGGUCCUGGACUUACUUUGGGCGUACCUGGGACGCAUCGAGCUUGACGACGCUGAGCUCACCAAGGCCAAGUUUGAGGUCGCUCCAAUCGCCCACUCCCUCACAAAGUCCUUCACGGCAAUUGCCUUGGCCUAUGGAAACACGGCUCCUAUCUUGGCCUCAUACUACGCCAGCCAGAUUCUCAUCCAGGCAAUUCCGCCCAAGGCAUCCCCGCUUCUUCAACUGCCCCACAUCACCCCGUCUAUCGCCAAGGCCAUCGAGGGAGACUCUAGGGUACGCAUGUCAUUGCAGCGAUUUAUGGAUCAGCCCGACUCCCAGCGCCGAAGCCAAGCUAUCGGUGAGGGUCUGCUCUCCGAAUCACAGUACCAAGAAGCGGUCGAGGUCGCGAAGCAGUUGCCUUUCCUCCGUGUCGCCAAGGCUUAUUUCAAGGUCACCGGAGAGAAGUACAUCAUCCCAUCCUCUCUAGUCACACUUGUGGUCAAGGGCCGGUUUGUGCCUCCUGGAAGUGAAAACGUCCCCGAGAUUGUCGAAGCAGACCUGGAGGAUGUAGACCCGGCCGAGGAUGACUUGGAUGCUAUUCUUGGGCGCAAAAAGAAACAAGUGGGCAAAGACGAACGCGGAAAGCCUGUAUAUGGAGCCGAUGACGAUACACCCGUUGUGCCGCCUCUGGCUUAUGCCCCGUACUUUGCACGCGACCAUUCUCCACGUUGGAACGUCUUCCUUACAGACUCGAAGCAAGGCAAGAUGGCCGUGCCACCGUUUACGUUUGCGCAGUUUGACAAGCCAAUCUUCAAGGACGACGGCAAGACUCCGACAUACGAGAUGCAAACGCUCAAGGCUCAGUUCCAGGCGCCUCCACAAGCUGGCCACUACACAUUCGUUAUGCACGUAGUGUGUGACAGCUAUGUUGGGUUCGAUACUAAGAUGGAAGUUACCCUAGUCGUCGAUGAGGCGAGCAGGGCGGCCGAAAUGACAGAUGAGGAGGAGAUUAGCGAGCCGGACGAAGACUCAAUCGCGGGCAUCAUGAAUGCCGCCAAAGGCGGAGCACCGCCACCACGAAAGAAGAAGCAGGUUGUCGAGGAAGAUGAAUCAGACGACGAGAGUGGCACGGAAGAAGAAGCGGAUGAUACAAGCGAUACGAACACUGACACCGAGGAUGAGUCUUGA